CCGCAACGCAUUGCUUCACACAACACAGCCGAUCGCAUAGUCUGAUCUGAUCAGUCGCGCCAAACCGAGCUCUAGCUUCAGGUUGUCGGAGUUCGCACCGAUCGACUCAGAACUCUUCACCAAUGGCCGCCGUCCAGGUCCAAGCCGCAACCCACGCGAUGCCCGUCGAGGAGGCUCCGGCUCCGGCGCCGGCGGUGGUGGAGGCAGUCGAGCCGGCUGUCGUCGUUGUCGAGGAGACUACGGUGGCGGUGGAGGUUGUCGAGCCGGCCGUCGUCACGGUCGAGGAGACUACGGUGGCAGCGGUGGCGAUUGUCGAGCCGGCCGUCGACACAGUUGAGGUGGCAACGGCUGAGGCUGUGGAGCCGGCCGUUGUCGCCGCCGAGGAGGCCGCGAAGGAGGAAGCUGUUGCACCGGCCGUGACCGAGCUGGCGAAAGAACCGGAGGCAGCUCCAGCGGAGACCAAGGAGGCCGAGACAGAGGCCAAAGAGACCGAGCCCGAGGCUGUCCAACCGGCGGCAGCCGCCGAGGAGGCGCCUGCUGUGCCGGCAGUGACUGAGACCAAAGAGCCGGAAGCUGCCCCUGCCGAGGGAACAGAGACCAAAGUAGUGGAGCGUGAGGCAGCACCGGCUGAGGUCGAGACCAAGGAAUCAGAGCAAGAAGCUGCUCCAGCUGAGACUGAGACCAAAGAGGCAGAGCCAGCCGCUGCCGAGGCCGAGGCCAAAGAGCCGGUGGCAGAGGAGACACCGGCCGAGGAGGAGGCAGCUGCCCCGGAGGCCGUUGUGGCAGUGCAGGAGGAAGCAGCAACUGCCGAGGCACCAGUGGAGCCUGCCGUCGCCGUCGAGGCAGCACCGGUAGAGACAGAAGCACCAGCUGCUGCUGCUGCCGAGGCAGAGGCGGAGGUCAAAGAGCCCGUAGCAGAGGCACCGGUCCAGGAGGAGGCAGCGCCCGCAGCCACCGCCGCCGAAGCGUCGUCAGUGCAGGAGGAGGCAGCACCGGCCGAGGCACCUGUGGAGGCACCCGCGGCCGCCGAGGCGGUGCCGGCAGAGGCACCAGCUGCUGCCGCCGCCGCCGACAAGGCCACUGAGUGAGUUGAUGCGCGCGGGUGCGAUCGUGCCCCGUGAGCUAGCCUUUGCUUUGCCUGGCUGGCUGGCUUCCGUGCGCGUGCCGUGGCAUGCCAUGGCACGCUACCUAGUUCGUUUAUUAUUGGAUCCGUAUGUGUGGGCGUAUUUCGUGAGUGGUCGUCGUCGUUGUCGUCUGGGUGCAUUGUACGUGAUGUAGUAGCUGCGUAUUAAGCAGGACUGCUGCGUAUAAUGUCUAUCAAUAUUGUGUCGUAUGCUAGUCGUAUGUGUGUCGUUCUCGGCGUGAUCUCAAUAAGGGCUUGUUCGGUUAAUUCUCUCCCCAAAAGGAUUGAAGGGGAUUGGUAAGGAUUGGUUUGUAUUUUGACUUA